AUGGAGGACCAACUAAAGAUGCAAAAUGAUGAGCAGGAAGGACAACAGCGAUCAGCCAAGCGAUCAAGAGAUGAUAGCUCUACUCAAGGUCCUGCAUCACAUGGCGAUGACACACUUCAACCAGACUCCAAGAAGAUCAAAAGGGAUAAAGUAGAGGAAACUGGAGAUGAUUAUAACUUCGCUAAGCCAUUAACUAUACCCAAGAAAGCAAAUGAAAUUACAACGAGCGCUAAUAAUAACGACCAUUGGGAAAGGCGAAAUAUCGAUGAGGAAACGGAGCGAAUGCAGUUAUUGGUGGCAUCGUUUACUGAAGAACAACAUAAUCGCUACGAAAUGUAUCGGCGUGCAGCCUUCCCUAAAUCUAUAGUUAAAAGAUUAAUUCAAAAUGUUGCCGGCUCUGGAGCUUCUGUACCACAAAAUGUCGUCAUUGCUAUGUCGGGCAUAGCUAAAGUCUUCGUUGGGGAAUCUGUUGAACUUGCUUUAGAUAUUAAAGAGAAAUGGAACGAUUCCGGUCCUAUUCAACCAAAGCAUUUACGGGAAGCUAUUAGAAAAAUGAAAUCUAAAGGAUUGAUACCUCAUUCUAUUACUCGAAAAAAUCCGUUACACUGGAGUAGUCGUUGA